UAUUGUAGAUUUUCAGAAAAGGAAUUUGAAUUUUCAGAUGAUAUGAAGGACGCAAUGGCGAAAGCAGCUCCCACUGGAAAGGUAACUGAUGCCCCUCUGACCGAUGAAGAAAUCGACGAACUGUUGACGAAGCUAACGAGUGAGGAGAUAGAGAAGCUUCUAGAAGAUACUGAUCCAGAUGAUACGCAUAUGCCUCCAAGUGCCAGGUGCACUUACCACUGUGAGAAGGCUCCAACCGGACCCUUGAACCGUAAAGCACUGCUCAAUUAUAUAUACGACCAGGCAAAGAAAACCCCUGACCAGCAGGAUUAUGUACCGCAUGUACCGGGAACUGUACGCGGCAAAAAAUGGAUUAAUCCUCAAAUACAGGAAGAAAGUUUGGACGAUUUCCAGCUGGAUAUAGAUCUCGGCGACGAAAUAGAAAUGGCUUUAAACGAUGCCUCAACACAAGACAUGAUAGAUCUAGCCGGGAUUAUGGGACUUCACUCUUUAAUCAACCAAGAGCAAUACCACGCCUCACAGUCUGACAAAGCGGACAAGGCAGAUCCAAACCUGGGCUGGGACGGAGUAACUAAAGCCACACCCCUCAAGUAUUAUCCUCCUGAGGCGCCCAACCUUACCAACCCUGACGAGGUUCUUGAGAAGAUUAUUGAAAAUGAUGAGGAGCAGAAGGAAGUGAACUUGAACAAUGUUCCGGUCCCGGAGAAAACGUUCUUAGAAAUAUUCAAAGCUCUUCAGAAUAACAAAGUUCUUCACAGUCUAUCUCUUUCUAACACCAGUCUUACAGAUUGGGCAGCCUGUAAUCUUGCGCACACACUAGAGGCCAAUGGAACCAUUGAGAAGCUGAACCUUGAGUCCAACAACAUCACCCCGCAAACGUUGUCUAAAUUGUUUGAGGCAAUCAACAUCCAGGAGUCGGUAACGGAGUUGAAAGCUCUAAACCAGGCAGCACAGUGUUUGGGUAACAAGGUUGAGAUGGCGAUCACCAAGUCAAUUGAGAACAACAAGACCCUACUGAAGGUUGGACUCCAGUUUGAGUUCAACGACUGUAGGAACAGGGUUGCAGUCCACCUGCAGAAGAAUCUGGACAGGAUUCGUCUCAAGAGAAUUGCGGAAAAAUUUAUCAGUCGUGGAAACGCAACUGCCGGAUAUUUUGCUCCGCCUCCGGGCUCUCUUCCUGUCUGGAAGAAAGCUUCAACUCCAGAGUCGGAGUACGAGUAUUAUUAUUCCGAUCACUCAGACGACGAAGACUAGACCAGGACGGGUCGGGAAGAGACGGAGAAGUAGAAUAAUUAUACUUUGUAUUAAUGUCUUCCAUUUUUUAUAUUUCUAUCUUUGCCAAACGUUUACCAAAGAAAUAGGACAAUCUCAAAACUCGUAACUUAAGGUGCUAAAACUUAUACAAUCUAGUCGAAAAAAUAAAUAUUUGUCAAGAAAUUUAAUGUUUGUUCAUCUAUAAAAUAUAUAUCUGAAUUUUGGUGCUUUAUGACGACCCACUUUCAGAA